GAAAGCAGAAGGAAGGCAGAGAAGUGCAGUGUGGGCGGGUGACCGAGGGCGCCGCACUGAGGCAGGUGAAGGUGCGGCGGGAGGCGGAGAGGACGGGAGCCGGGAGAGGCUGUAAGGAAGCGGCCGGAGGAGGAGCGGUGAAGGCCCAGGGCCGGGGGCGGGGCGAGGAGGGGGCGGGCCUCUGGCUCCGCCGCGCGGUCGGGCGCCUGCGCGCCUCUUCCGAGCCGCCGGGCUGCUGCGGCUUUCCCUGCACCGGCUUCACUGCGGAACUUGCCCUAAGGCUUGUCCCCAGAUUCACCAGCCACUUCCCUUCCUUAGCGGCAACUUUUGGCUGUGCUCUGAACUCUGGCCCCUCGGUUUGUGACUAGACAACCUCGGACUGUCUGGAAUCCAGUGUCUGGGGCAAGAAGCUCCACCCAGCCUCUGGACCACAGGCUGAGGUAUUCGUUUCUUGUACAUGGAGUCCGUGAUCCUUUCAUUGGUUCUACACCCAGGCAGGCCGACCUUGUUACCUCCAGUGAAGAUGAAGCUGGGGCUCCCGCAUAGAGUCAGGACUGGGCUUCUCUGUCUGCCUUUUGUGCAGAUUCACCAAAACCAGAUUGUUUAAAAAUCCACAUUUGUCUAAGCAUGAUGCAGUGGAAGGGCGCACUGGCCAGAGUCUGGAAGUUUAGGUUCUGGUGUUGGCUGUGUCACAGACUCACCUUAAGCAAGUAUCUGCCCCUCUCUGGCUCAUUCUUCCCAAAACAAGGGGUUGGUCACAUGGUCUGCGUCUGUGUCUUUGGCAUUGUUAACAAUAGUAAUAGCAAUCAUAACUGUUUCCUUACCUUGACCUACAAGGCCCUGCCUCAGCAGCCCCUAUCUACCCAAAGCAGCCGACUUGCUGUUGACCUACCUCAGGGCCUUUGCACUUGCGGUUUCCAGUGCCAGGAACGCUUAACUACCUCUUUCUCCUGCAUAGUCAUUCUUCAGAUCUCCACUGAAAGUUGACUUUCUUACGAAGCUCAACAAACUAGAUGGGAUCCCUGGGUUUACAUCCUUGUGGCACAUGCUCACUUCGUUAUGCUUAAGUGUUUGCAUAGUUCUUUGUCUAAAUGCCAUAAGGGCUGGAAAUCUAUCCUGUUCCCUAGUAUCUAGUGCACAGUAGGUGCCCAGAAAUUUGUCGUGGAAUGAGCGGACGAUCUCAUUUAAUGCAACAACCUGGUGAGGCUGGGACAUGGUGCUCCUCUUCCAUUAGGAGAAGAUUCAGAGAGUGACACUCCUAGGGCCACACAGUCAGUUGGCAGCAUCAGAAUUUGAACCCAAUCUGUCUCUGACUCCAAGGCCUGAACUUCCCACAUCACUGCCGUCUCAUUCCAGGAUCUUCUGCUGUGAGGAAGUGCCAGCAACUUUGACACACAAGGCCUGGAAAGAGAAGACCUUUAGGUUGUGGAGGGGGUCUUGUCCGGCUCAGGUUCCCUUUAACCCCUGGCAGACCUGGGGUGGGCGUGCCCCCCCCUCCUGCAGACGCAUGGCUCAUCGGCUACAGAUACGACUGCUGACAUGGGACGUGAAGGAUACGCUGAUCAGGCUCCGCCACCCCGUGGGAGAAGAAUAUGCCUCCAAGGCCCAGGCCCACGGGUUGGAGGUAGAGGCCGCCUCCCUGGGACAAGCCUUCAGGCAGGCAUACAGGGCUCAGAGCCUCAGCUUCCCCAACUAUGGCCUGAGCCAAGGCCUCACCUCCCGCCGGUGGUGGGUGGAUGUGGUCUUACAGACCUUCUACCUAGCAGGUGUUCGAGAUGCCCAGGCUGUGACCCCCAUCGCUGACCAGCUGUAUGAGGACUUCAGCAAGCCCUUCACCUGGCAGGUGUUGGAGGGGGCUGAGGCCACCCUGAGGGAGUGCCGAAAACGAGGUCUGAGGCUGGCAGUGGUCUCCAACUUUGACCGGCGUCUAGAGGACAUCCUGAUGGGUCUUGGCCUGAGGGAAUACUUUGACUUUGUGCUGACCUCUGAGGCUUCUGGCUGGCCCAAGCCCGACCCCCGAAUUUUCCGUGAGGCUUUGCGGCUUGCUCAGGUGGAACCGGCAGUGGCAGCCCAUAUUGGGGACAGUUAUCCCUGUGAUUAUAAGGGGGCGCGGGCUGUAGGUAUGCACAGCUUCCUGGUGGUCGGCCCAGAGCCUUUGGAUGCUGCCAUCAAAGACUCUGUAUCUCAAGAAUGCCUCCUCCCCUCACUGUCCCAUCUCCUGCCUGCCCUUGACCACCUGGAAGUCCCACCCCCGUAACUUUGAAUCUGAUGAGGGAAGUGGCUGGGCCCAGCAAACGCUGCAGAGAGCCCCUUCUUUCCUGAGAUCUGGCCUUUGCCCCCCUCCCUGCAGCGUCCAAAGGCACUGUGACUAUAAAGCAGUGAAAACAGGGCUUUUAGCCCUGCUCCAA